AUGUCCUUGUGCGUCCCAAGCGAUGCGCAGCAGGCGCAGCAGCCCGCCGCGGCCGCCGCGAGGGGCGCCAGGGGGGCGCGCAGGGCGCGCUUCGUUGCCGGCAGCGGCGCGGUCCGCGGGCGCUCCGCGCGGCACCGUGGCACCGUGGCCCUGUACAAGCACCGCACCUCGCUGCUGCAGGCGGCGCCCGCCGAGGCCGGCGAGGCCGCCGCCGGCGCUGCCGACGGAGGGGUCGUCGACUCCUUUGCCGCCUUCACGGAGGCCGCGGCCGUCGGCGAGCAGCUGCUCCGCCUACGCGCCGACGAGGGCCGCUCGCGCUUCCUGGUGCUGCCGGGCCACCCGGACCCCGCGGGCGGGGCCCCGCCCGCCGGGCCAGCGGGCGGCGCCGGCGAGGCCGAGGCCGUGGAGGUGCGCAUCAUGGUGCCGGAGAUCAUACUUGCGCUGGGACCCUGGCGGCACGACUCCUGCCCAGAGGGGGAGCCGCUGCUGCCCGGCGCGGCCGGCGGCGCCGCGGCCCGCGCCGCGCGCGUGUGCUACCGCCGCCGGCCGUGCGCUGCGCAGGCGCCCGAUUGCUGCGUCGUGGUCGUUCCGCAGGCGUCGUUCGCGGCCUGCUGUGCCGAGCUGGACGGCUGGGCCGGCAGGCUUUUUCUUUGCUCCUGCCAUCGCUGGCGCGAGCGCCCAUAG